AUGGAUUACAUGAACCGUAUAUUUAGGCCUUACCUGGAUCAUUUUGUUAUAGUAUUCAUUGAUGACAUUCUGAUAUAUUCUGAAGAUGAAGAGCAACAUGCGAAGCAUUUGAGGAUUGUGCUACAAAUUUUAAAGGACAAUAAGUUCUAUACCAAGCUUAGCAAUUGUGUGUUCUGGCUACGAGAGGUCCGAUUUCUAAGACAUGUUGUGUCAGCAAAAGAGAUUACGGUGGAUCCACAUAAAGUAGAUGCAAUGUUGAAAUGGGAGAGACCUAGUUCUUUUCUCUUCUCUCUGUUUUAUGGUCCUCUCUCCCUCUCAUCUGUGCUCCCUGCUCCUCCUCACACUCUCCGUCUCUGUGCUCGUGCAUCUCUCACUCUCCCUCUCUGUGCUGAUGAUAUAGAACUUAAAACGGAUUUACCAAAUGACGCUGACACACCUAUCACAGAGGAGGCUGACACAGACACUUUACACCAUCUAUCCCUUCAGACUUUUCAGGGCAAUGGCAGCCGUUGCACUAUACGUUUCUCAGGCGCCAUUACUGACAUGAUAGUGCAAAUCUUAUUAGAUGGAGGAGCCUCGGAUAAUUUCAUUCAUCCUUGCAUAGUACAAUGCUUAAAAUUGCCUGUUGAGCAACUUCAACGUCCACUUCAUGUUCCAAUUGGUGAUGGGUUCCACAUGACUGGGGAAGGGUAUGAUAGUCACAUUUCAGUUUCUAUACAGGGCCAGCCCUUAGAUCUAGGGGCCUACGUACUAUCUAUUACAGGAUCCGAUUUGGUUAUUGGCUCGAGCUGGUUAGCCACUUUGGGCAACCGCAUUGCAAAUUAUCACACAGAUACUCUAAAAUGUCUAAUUAAUGAUAGCUUCAUGGUAUCACAGGGGUAUCAUUUGCCCUCACCUCAACCAGUUUAG